GUUAAUUCUUUGCGAGAAAUAAGAGCAUUUCCCAACCUGUUUCUCCUCAGAAACAGAACAGGAUCUCGCCGACAGGCUCUAAAAUCCAUCCUGCUUUACCUCUGGGAUGUUUACUCUGCACCCACGGCUGCUGGCAGAGACAUCCUGGCUCUUCUGUCUCUCUGUUUCACACUUGCCGUCGUCACUGGUGGCCUCCUUUAUCACUGGCUGUCAAAGACUCUGAAAUACAACCAUGAAGCGUCCAUUCAGACCUCGUGCAUCUACAGCGUGGCCAUGUUCCUGGUCUCGUUCCUGUGUCACCCCCUGCGCUGCGUGCUGACCAUGACUCUGCCCACCGUCUGCACCAAACAGGGACGCAAACUCCUCAUCUCGGCCUCAGUCAUGAUUCUGGUUUUGAACGUCGUCCCCAACAUCACGAUGAACGUUGGGGCAGUUGCCCGCAUCCUCAAGUGCACCGCCGAGGGCUUCACCAAGACUUUACUAAACUCAUCUGACUCUCUGAAUGAAGCAAAGCGAGACCUUGUUGAGGAAACGAUCAAACUGAAGAGGGAAGACUUGAGCCUCGUCACAAACUUGAGAAAGUUGGAUCAUUUCACGCAUGUUGACGUAUCAGAAGUCAAAACCAGGUUCAGUAAGAUGAUUGGACAAAUUGAGGUCAACUUCUCACAUGCCAGGAAUCUGCUAAAAGAAUACAAACUGCUGUCAAACCGGAUCCUUGCAGCAGUUUUUGUCGCUUUAUUGAUCUUUGAAUCUGCACGCUACUUGAAAUCUUAUCUGACAAAAGUCCAGUUUGAUAAUGGACACAUCUCCAAAGAUCUCCUGCAAAAAGCGACUCAUGCUGGCAACACAAGGACACCUAAAAACCAAACUUGUGCCACAAGCUGUAAAAUAACGAGUCAGGAAUGCACCUCCUGUUUUAUAGCGCUGGUUGUGGUAACACUAUAUUUUAUUGCAAUAACGUUGAUAGUAGCUUUGGAUUAUGUUGUUUAUCAUAUAGUUCAGGUGAUCGUGCCGUGGUUGCUGGAUUUUCCACCGACAUCUGCCAGCAUAAGCAUCAACUACAAGGUUCUGUGGUCCCCCCCUGCUUUUUGUAUUAUCCCGCAGUCCUGCGUCACAAGGGAGCUCACAAACUUCCACAGAGAUUACAAGUGGACCUUCAACCCCGAGCCGUCACUCUGUGAUGCGACAACUUCAGCUCCGAACUGGGGGGUCACGCUGCUGCUGGGGUGCCUCUGGCUGAUGAGCUACUGCCUGGUGUUCCUCGACGUUUACGCCCGGCGGCUGCGCAGGAAGAUCUCUGCAUCCUUUUUCAGAGAGCAGGAGGAGAGAAGAACGGCUUACCUGCUGAAGAAAACACAAGUGAAGCUGAACAAAAACAAGCAAAAAGAGACUGUUGAUUCUGUUGAGGUUGGCUGUGGGUGAGGUUUCACUCUACAGUGCAAUGAUCGCCUCAUUUUUCUGAUAUUUUUAGCCAUGCUAGCAGUGUGUAUCUACAAGAGUCUAUUUCUCCAACACUUUGGUCCAGAAUAAAAUACUUCAACAACAUUUAGAUGGAUUGGCAUGACAUUUUAGAUAAACAUUCAUGGUUCCCAUGUGGCUUUGGUGGCUUUCCUUCUGGUGCCACCGUGGGUUUACACUUUUGUAGUGACAUGUCUUUAGAACUACUGACUAACCCUUGCCAUGAAAUUUGAUGGGAGCAUUCAAGGUGCCAAGAAAAUGAAUCUUCAUGCCUUUGGUGAUACUCUGACUUGUAGCUCCACCAGCAGGUCAACGUUUUUAUUUCUCAUUUAUGUGUGCUCCAGCAGCAUGAUGACUUCAGUGAUUCCAUGACUUUUCCUCCAGUGCUGAGAUUGACAAGUAAAAUGUUUCUACAAAUACCAAACUGACUGCCAUCAAAUUAGGUACAAACUUUCAUGUUCCCCUUACUCACUUACUUUACUUUAUUGUCAUUGUCAAAAAACAGCAAGAUAAUAUUCAAGCAUCAUCCAAGCUGGCAUGGCAAUGCAAAUACAUUAACAGCUUAAAUGAAGGUAACAGAAGGAGGGAAGAUGAACUGAAAUGACUUUGUGAUAUCUUUGCACCAUCAUCAAAAUUAUUAUUCAACUACAGGCAUUCCCAGUGGCUUCAGUUAUACCUUGUGUUUCGUGCUCAUCAGCAGAUAUUUGCAUGCCUGCAUGCUAAACUAAGAUGGCGAACAAGGCCAGGAUUCUGACACACUGACACCAAGGGGGUGUGCAACCACCCCCUCACAGAGCUGCUAACUGCUAACUGUAUCUUUGAGGUUUGCAGCUCAUCAGUCAGGCGUAUGACAUACGCCGAGCUUCUGUUUAUGCAAAAUAUUAAGUGAAACUGAGCAUCCUGUGUAUGAGUAAGUGUCACAACACCUUUUCCUUUGCACGUGUACCACAAAUUGACAGCAUCUUUUUAGGCGCUUACACUCAAACGUGUGUGGUUGAAGAUGUACCAACACAUCGGC